AACCUUAAAGCCCUCUUCUUUUACACUAGGAUUUCCCGCUUCUUCUAAUACCUCACUCUUCCGUAACCUCUCUCUCUCUCUCUCUCUCAUCUCCCUCCAUUCUCUCUCUCCUCGCCGCUCCCGCCACCGUAGUUGCCGUUUCUUUCUCUCUCAUCAGGGUAAAGGGUUUCAGGAAUUGUAGUGUGAAGACUGAAUUGUUUCAAUUUUUAAUUUAAUUGGAAAAAGGGUUUUUGGGUAGACAAGGGUUUCUGAUGGGGAAGGACGAGGAAGAGAUGAGAGGGGAGAUUGAAGAGAGGUUGAUAAAUGAGGAGUACAAGAUAUGGAAGAAGAAUACCCCGUUUUUGUAUGAUUUGGUGAUCACUCACGCACUUGAAUGGCCGUCUCUUACUGUUGAGUGGCUCCCUGAUCGAGAUGAGCCUCCCGGGAAGGAUUACUCGGUGCAGAAGAUGAUUCUGGGAACCCAUACUUCUGAGAAUGAGCCGAAUUAUCUUAUGUUGGCUCAGGUUCAGCUCCCUCUUGAAGAUGCUGAGAAUGAUGCCCGGCAUUAUGAUGAUGAACGGUCUGAUAUGGGUGGAUUUGGGUGUGCCAAUGGAAAGGUACAAAUUAUACAGCAGAUAAACCAUGAUGGAGAGGUUAAUCGGGCCCGCUAUAUGCCUCAGAAUCCAUUCAUAAUUGCCACCAAAACAGUGAGUGCAGAAGUAUAUAUAUUCGACUACAGUAAACAUCCAUCAAAGCCACCACUAGAUGGUGCAUGUAACCCUGAUUUGAGGUUACGUGGCCACAGCACUGAAGGUUAUGGUUUGUCGUGGAGUAAAUUUAAGCAGGGCCAUUUAUUGAGUGGUUCUGAUGAUGCUCAGAUUUGUCUUUGGGACAUAAAUGCAACUCCUAGAAACAAAAAUCUGGAUGCUAUGCAAAUAUUUAAGGUUCAUGAAGGUGUUGUUGAAGAUGUUUCAUGGCAUUUGAGACAUGAAUACUUAUUUGGUUCCGUCGGAGAUGAUCAGUAUCUUCUUAUAUGGGACCUUCGAGCUCCAUCAGUUACCAAGCCUGUCCAGUCUGUUAUUGCACAUCAAAGUGAGGUGAAUUGCUUGGCUUUUAAUCCCUUUAAUGAAUGGGUUGUGGCUACGGGUUCAACUGAUAAGACUGUCAAGUUGUUUGAUCUAAGGAAACUCAACACUGCACUGCAUACUUUUGAUUGUCACAAGGAGGAGGUCUUCCAAGUUGGGUGGAGUCCUAAAAAUGAGACUAUCUUGGCUUCGUGUUGUCUUGGUAGGAGACUGAUGGUGUGGGAUCUCAGCAGAAUUGACGAAGAGCAAACCCCAGAGGAUGCUGAAGAUGGUCCGCCGGAGUUGCUCUUCAUUCAUGGAGGCCAUACCAGCAAAAUCUCCGACUUCUCAUGGAAUCCGUGUGAAGAUUGGGUUGUUGCUAGUGUUGCCGAGGAUAACAUUCUUCAAAUAUGGCAGAUGGCUGAGAACAUAUACCAUGACGAAGAUGAUUUAUCAACAGAUGAUGCAACUGCCGUCAAGGGCUCUUAGAUUUAAUUUGUAGGGUUAAUUAUGGGGAGUAGGUACAUUUAGGGUUUGUGUAUCUCCUGUUUUCUGGGUACAGGAACUUGCUAAAUUGAACCAGCCAUCUUUAUGUUCUAAUCUCCUAUGAGUUGGUAAAAUUGAUCGUUAUGUAUUAUCCAUCUUUGUGAAUUUGUUAGGCGUAUAUGAUGAAUGGUUGGCUAUUUUGAUUUUGCGUUUUGUUAGUAGUUUAGCAAAAUUUGGACUCUGAAGUCAGAACCUAGAAUCCCAAGCUUGUUGCACUUUUUACUAUUUAUUUCCUAUACCUUGUAUAUCACUGUCAUGUUGUUUCCCUAAACUGAGGGUGUCCUUGAUGUUAAUAUUUGAUGUUUGCUUAACUUUUA